AUAUGUAUCUCUCUACUUCUUUCAUAGAGAGUAAAGCAGCCACAGAUGGAGACUAUGAAGAGAGCAGAGAUAGACACAACGGCACCGUUUAAAACCGUCAAAGAAGCUGUGGCUUUGUUCGGUGAGAGAGUCUUAGCUAGUCAAGUCUAUUCCAACCAUCUCAAAGAGAUGGAAGAUCCAGCAAAGUUAGAGAUAGAGCUUGAAGAGACAAAACACAAUCUCCAAAAAGCAAAAGAAGAAAGCAUGCAAGUGAUGAAUUCUUUGUCUUGUCUCAAGGAAGAGCUUGAAAGGACAAGACAAGAGCUUCAGAAGCUGAGACUAGUUCCUGAGGAACCCGUAAAGAAAAUUGAUGAUGAUACUGUUUUCAAAACCAAGUUCGAAGUAUUGGUUCCACAUGUUGAUGAUGGACCACCAAUUAGUACUAGUCCAAGGUUGAGGUCGAUGAGUGAGAAGAGAUACGUGAAACUUGCAAACCCUACGACGGGUAAUAGUAAUAAUGGUCCUGUGGUGGGGAUGUUUCUUGGGAGACACCCUUCCAUGAGAAAGAAGGAGAAGAUGGCAAAUACAAAGAAAAAGAAGAGAUUAAUCCCUUUGUUUAUUGGAGGAAUCUUCUCAAAGAAAAAGGUUUUGCAAUGAAACAGCUUGGUUUAUAAAAUUUUCUUCUUUUUCUCUUGUACUUUUUUUUUGGCUUAUGAUUAUAAUGUAUGUAUGAAAAUAAAUGGUUCUUGAAUAUAUUUUCUUUCUA